AACAAAAGAGAAAAGAAAAAGAGAACGCAGUCUUCUUCUUUCUCUCUUCGUUUCUCUAAUGGCGCUCCGCCUCCGAUGAAGCAGGGUUUCAUGGCGGGCAUCCCCUUCUGGGGAUGCUUGUGGAGGAUGUUGAGGGUUUCUUGUGCUGUGGUGUUGCUGGUUUUGCUGUUUUUUUGUUCGAUAGGGGUCGCUUUUUCGUUUAGGUGUGAGGAUGAGGUGGGUUUUGAUGGUGGUUGUGUGAGGUAUGGGGGUUUUGGUGGGUUAGACAAUGGGUCGGAAGGUUUUCCUGGUUGUUUGUGGAUGGAGUAUGUGUGUGGUGAUUCUGAUUCUUUUUGUUUUCCGUCUACUUUGUUAGUAUCGGAAGAAGAUGAUAGAUGUCAAGCUCAGGACUCUGUGGGAGCUUCUUCUGAUGGCUUGGCUGAGGUGAAAGAACCAAGGAGUGAGGAAAGUAUUGUUUCUUGUGCUUUUGUGGAUUCUGUGAGUGAAGUUCAUGAAGAGGUGGAUACAGAGAAGAAGAAUUUUGAUGGGGAUGGUGUGAGUUCUUGUAAAGGAUCAGUUUUUACUGAUGCUUGGAUGGAGGGAUCCACUGGGUUGAUUGGUUCCUUUGAUGAGCACUCUGUUUCAAGUUCUUUGUCACCACAUGUGGAGAUAAGCCCCUCUUCAUUGGAUUUUGGGAUGAGAGAUAGGUAUUCUCCUUCUUUGGAAUUCUUGACAGUGAGAAACUUGCACAAUGAGAUUGUUUUAGAUGUGUAUGAUCUGUUUAGCACUGAUCCCCAGUUUUAUCCGUUUGGUUUUGACAAACUUUGCUUGGCCCCUGGUGAAGCUGCUUCCAUUGGUUUUGUGUUUUUACCAAGAAAUUUAGGGUCAUCAUCAGCUCAUAUUGUCCUGCAGACUAGCUUUGGAGGUUUCAUUAUACAGGCUAAAGGUGUCGCAAUUGAGUCCCCUUAUAAAGCAGAGGCUUUUGUGGGCUUGGAUAUCAAUUCUGGUGUGAAGUUGAAUAGAAAUUUGUCUUUACACAAUCCUUUUGAUGAUCUACUUUAUGUUCAGGAAGUAACUGCUUGGAUUUCUUUCUACUCUGGAAACCUUACUAAUUUGAGACAUGUUGCAUGUAGCACUGAUGCGUCAGAGUGGUUUCCAGAGGAUUUUGGUUCUUCUUCAAGUGUCAAGGAUUUUCUGACUGGGAAGGGUGGUGAUGAGGGAUUUCAUUGGUUUGAGAUUAAGCCCCACAGACCAUUUAAAUUGUCUCCUCAUGCGGAUGAAACCAUCAUAGAAUUGAACAUGUGGCCAUCCAUUCAAGGAAAGAUCUCUGGAGCUAUUUGCAUGAAGUUGCAUGCUUCCACACUUGACAAGCCUGAUGUGGUUAUAGUCCCUCUAGAGGCAGAAGUGCAUGGAAAAGUAACUUACAAUGCUUUAAGUGGUUUGGCAUCUGCAUAUUUUGAGUCUCUUGCUCCAUGUAAUGAAGCAGGCAUGGUUUUCACUCUGUAUGUGAGAAAUAAUGCUCCAUAUGUGUUAAGUGUGGUAGGCAUUCGUGAAGUUUUAGAAGGCUCAGAGCUUUUCCGCAUAAAAUACAUGAGUGGAUUAAUAGUUUACCCUGGGACAGUAACACAGGUAGCUCUCAUUGGUUUUACUCCUACCGGUAACACAGAUGUUCUCCCACCUAAAAUUCCUACUGUCGAUCCUAAUUGCAUGCUAGUUAUCAUGACAAAUGAUUCUGCCAAUCCAGAGAUCACAAUUCCUUGUCAAGACUUAGUCAGUGUCUGCUCAAGGCAUGAACCUAAGUCGAGCUCUUUUCCAUCUGAUGGUUCGUACAUUGGAUUGGGACUUCACCAGGACAAGGACAAAUUGACAAAUGCAAAAACGAGACCGUUAGGAAGCAUUGUUGAAGACUCACUGCUGAAGAAGUCAAAAAAUCUUGAGCUACUUGAAGCAGAUGAGCUGAUACUUACAAAUUGGAGAUCUCAUGGCACCAUGAGUGACUUGUCUGUGCUUAAGGAUGAUGAGCUGUUGUUUCCAGUGGUUCAAAUUGGUACUAGUUUCUCUAAAUGGAUAGCUGUUCAUAAUCCAAGUCAAAAGCCUGUUGUAAUGCAACUUUUGCUGAACUCUGGGGAAAUCAUUGAUCAGUGCAAAUCUUCUAAUGUUGCAUCCAAGGUUAACUCGAGCGGAUGUAAUGUUAUUGACUCUACAGUGACUAGAUAUGGGUUUUCUGUUUCAAAUUCAGCAAUAACUGAAGCCUUCGUACAUCCUUUUGGAAGUGCUUUAUUUGGGCCUAUCAUUUUCCAUCCCUCAAGUCGAUGCAUGUGGAGAAGUUCAGCUUUGAUCAGGAACAAUCUUUCAGGUGUAGAGUGGUUGCCUCUUCGAGCAUUUGGUGGUUCACAUUCUCUUACUCUUCUUGAAAGGUUUCAACCUGUUGGUAAACUAGAAUUCCGCCUAGAGUUGCCAAUGAAACGUAAUUUAUCUUCCCCAGAUACAGUAUACCACUUGGAUAUGAAAAAUGCUUCUUGUAAUCAUAUAGUAUUCAAGGAGUUAUAUGCAAAAAACACAGGCGAACUUCCUCUUGAGGUAAUCAAACUUCAAGUAUCAGAAGCUGAUUGUGUUUUAGAUGGCUUUCGAAUAGAGACAUGUAAAGGUUUCAAUUUAGCUCCAGGAGAAACAAGGAGACUUCUUAUUUCAUAUGAAGCAGACUUUACUGCAACUGAAGUUCAGAGAGAUCUCAAGAUAGCCAUGGCUACAGGUUUAUUAGUGAUACCCAUGAAAGCUAGCCUUCCAGUUUUUAUGGUCAAUGUUUGCAGGAAGUCCUGGAAAUUUAUGUCUCUGCCCAUUAUUGUUAUGCUAGUUACCGUUUCCGUUAUUCUCCUGGUGCUUUUCAUUCUUCCUCUUACCUUUCCUUCAGGCAUUGAAGACUAUCUUGUGAAGGAUAAUAAUGUCAUAUCCACCAUCACUUGUGAUGAAAAACCUUCACGCGUGCACCACUAUACUGGAAAAUCCAGGUCUGUGAAGGAAAAUGUGAAAAAUGAAGUAGGUCGUGUUGAUAGAUCUUCGCCUUGUCGAAAUGGUGUUCUAGGUAACAUCAAAAAGAUGCAGGGGAAGAAGGAUUUAGAUCAUCAAAAGAAGCCUACAUUAACUCAGCCAUCUCCAACAGAAACACAUCCCAGAGACUCUGAUACAUCAGAAUUACCCCAGAAUGGCCAUCUUACUGUCCAUGUUGCAAGAGAAAGAGGAAGGAGGAGGAAGAGGAGGGGUGGAUUGGCAGCAAAAUUUGAAGUUUCUAGUAGUCAGAGUGGGAAUUCUACACCAUCUUCGCCUUUGUCCCCUAGUGCGUCCACUCCAAAGGAAAUAUGGUCCUCAUCUCGUGACAGUCCUGAGACCAUAUUUUCUAGAGAAUCAGCAGGAAGGAAUGAAAACAAGGAAGGAUUGUCACAGCGCGAAAUUUCCAUCGAGUGCUAUGAGAGCAAUUGCUUACUAUCUGCUCUAGAAAAGUCUUCUCCAGAGAAGUCGCAUGUUACAGUGAAAUCAAAUACCAAGCCUACUCUCUUGCCUUCUGCCACUUUUCCUAGUGCUAGUUGGCGUGCUCCUGGUGUGGGAACUUCAACCUUCUUGGCUUCAACUUCUCCUAUUGCUCCACAUGCCCGUGCGCCAGGAUCUAAUCUCAGUAAAGGGAAAAUGAUAAAACGAGUUGAAGAUGAUGUGCUUGGAAGUGAGUUCACUUAUGACAUAUGGGGCAAUCAUUUUUCUGGCCCGUUAGAUGGCAAGCCAAAAUGUCUCUUGUCAAGGGUAUCCGAUGCUUCAGAAGGUGACUCUCAAAGUUUUUUUGCAACAGAUCCUCAGUCACUAAUGAUGUUGUCAUCGGUGCACUCUGAAUCUCCAGGUCAGAAAUCACCCCCCUCUGUGUCUCAAGGUUGUAAGCCUCCUUUGAAUGAUGUAAGUUGCCUUAAUCAAAUGGAGUAGUGAGCUUUUAAAUA